AUGGAGAGGGAACCCAAGGAUCUCGACAAGAAUGAUCCUAGCGAUGUGGCUUCAUUGAAGCAAGGUCGCAAGGACGGUGGUACAAAGCCGUUGUCGACCACUUCACCGGAAGCAAUUGCGGCGGGAAAGUUGGUUACUCCAACGCGAUUAUCUGAAUUGUUACUAACAAAGGGACCGUUAGCAAUAAGAUAUAUAACAAAUACACUUAGUGCGGAUAUACCUAGUUUCAAGGAUCUUUCCCUUUCGAAACAGAGGAGGCUUAUCAUGAGUGUAUUGGAGGCAGGAGAUGAGACGAAUAAUGUUGUCUUCGAAAAGAUAGGGUGGGGACAAUGGACCGCUAAAAAAGUUGAAGAUCCAGCUGCAUUUAUUAAUAUACGAAACUCAACAAAUAUUAAUAACUCGAAGAUUAAAGAAACGAUAAUCCAAGAGAAGGAAAAUAAGUUAUUGAAAAAGAAAGAAAGCUCAAAGAACUUGAUAAUUCAACAAUCAAACGACUCAAUAGCUCCUGACGAGAAGAUUGAAUUCCAAAAUGAAGAUGAGAAGCAUUCUAAGGAUAAACUCGAUCCGUUGAGAUCGACAUUAUAUAUUGAUGAGAAUGCAAUUAUCUCAGAUGACGAGUUAGAAGAUGAUGAUCAAUUCACUGAUCAUCUUUAUGAACUCGAAGAUGAACAAAAAUAUUUCUCUAAAAACUCAUUUGGUGAAGACACACAAAAACUAGAACUUUCUACAACUACUUAUAGAAGAAAUGAUUCAAAUUAUACUUUCAGUGAUAAAUUAAGAAGAAAACCAAGUAUUGUCAUAACGGAUUCAUCUCUUAUCCCUAAAUAUAACAAUAAUGAUUUUAUGGAUCAUGAAUUUUUUCAACAUAAAAAUAGGAAACAAAGAUCAAGAAGUCAUUCGAUUAGUAGUGCAAUUAGACCUUCAUUUUAUAAGAUAUCUCAUAUUUCAAUAGGUGACCUCCCCAAUCAAAGUAUUUUAAAGGAUUAUAGAGAAAAUGAAUUUCAAAAUAUUAAUCAUAAUAACAUAAUCUCACCAAAAGCUAGUAUGUCUCAAGAUGUAUUUAAAGGUGGUAUUCAGAAAAAAAGAAUUACUCUUUCUCCAAGGAAUCAUCACUUAGAUCAACACUUGGAACUAAUGAAAUAG